CUGCGUAACGCUUUAGUUUUACUCUAAAAGCGUGCGUUUUACGUGCUUCGAUUUGUACGACUCGUUUUUUUGCUGCAAACGGACAAAAUAAUGGAGGAGAUCCCAAGGGAGACAGCUGAUAAAGAAGAAAUGGUGAUACACAACCCCUCAUACCCCCUACCUCUGGAAAUACAGCAAAUGGAGCAUUCUGAGAAGGCCUGUCGCUACUGUGGUGUAAGUUAUUUGAUCCUUCACGAGUUCCAGUGUCUGAAAGAGCGUUUGCGGGAAGUCGAGAGAGAGCUGGAGGAGGAAAGAGGAAGUGCAGAGAGAGAGAGAACCCUGAGAGAGGAGCUUCAAGAAGCCUACACUCAUCUAGAGGAGCUGAAAACAUCUGUGCUUCAACAGGAGGAAACCACGAAAGCCCUUGACCUGCAGCUGUGCGCGGUCACGCGUGAGAUGGAGAGCGUGAGGGCGGAGAAAAAGACAACGAUCACAGAGCUGGAAAGCGAGCGCACUUGCCGCCUGCACCUCAGAUCAAGGUUUGUGCAACAGCGGUCGCUUCUCAGGGAGGCUUUGGCCCUGCUGCAGUCGUCCCGUGGGGAGAUGACGACUGUUAAGAACCAGUUAACUCACUUCCUGGAGACCUGGGAUAACAGCAAAGCACUGAUACAGCAGAAUUGCAUCAGUGCUGAUGCAGAGUGUGUUCAUCUGAAGCAGGAAGUAACCAGGUUGCAGGCGGAGCUGAAGAGGCUACAGGUGGAGGUGCCGAACCUGAGGUCAUGUCUUGGUGAAGCAAAAGAACAAAUGCUAGAGUUGGAGAAUCAGGUCCAGACCCGGAAACUACUGCAGAACCAAAACCAAGAAGCACAGUUUCUCAUACAGGGCCUGAGGGAGGAGGUGAAGACUCUGAAAAUAGAUCUCCAGAGCAGCAUGCGUGAACGAGAGCAUGUCAAGAAACUCCUGGAGAUAAAAUCAGUGGAGAAGGAGGAUCUGAAAGUGUUGUGGAGUGAACAGACGGCCGCCAUUGAGAGGCUGUCCCGAGACCUGAGGGAGAAGGAGGAGAGCCGGUUGUCAUGUCAACAACGAUGCAAGUCCAUGCAGGAGCAGCUGUUGGCGUGGCAACAGAAAGAGGAGGAGGUGACCCGGAGACUAGAACGGGCAGAGGGCGAGAUGAAGGACCUGAGAGUAGCCCGAUCCACUUUACUGCAGGAGAGGGAGGAGUUGAGGAGAACUCAUGUGGGAGAACUGGAGAGACUGGAGGAGAGCUUUAGAGUGAGGCUAAAAGCUGCAGAUGAGCACAGUUUAAAGAUGGAGGCUUUUCUCCAGCAGAAACAGGCUGAGCAAGACAAACUGCUGAAACAGCAAGAAAUGAAGUUAAGAGGAGAAGCUGAUAUUGAACUGGACAUCCAAAGACAAAAAAAUCAGGAGCUGAUUAACAAAUACCAGAGUGAAAAACAGCAACUUCAAAACAAGAUUCCUGCUCUCAUUCAUUCGGCCACGCAGGAGCUUCAUGAGGAGUUGGCAGUGCUCCAGGAGCGCAUGAAAGAGCAGGAAAAAGAGCUACAACAUGUUUGUGAUAGCACCUCCCAGCGGCAGCAGCAGCUACUGCAAGAGCUAAGGACGGGAGAAGCACAGCUGCAGUCGGCCCUGCAGGAGCUGCGACAGAAGACACAGGAGCUGAACCAGGCUCAGAGUAACAUACAGCAGCUAAAAGAAGAGAGGGCCACCCUAGAGGAAGAGAAGUCCUUUCUUGAGGAGACAGUAAGGCAUGAGUGUGAAGAAAGGGAAGAACUGACAGCAGCACUGACGCUGGCCAAAGAACAACUGCUGGAACUCAAACACUCCAUCACAAGACCACAUGAUACCCAAACACGCACCCAAAUUUCCAGAUCUACAGUGACUCACCCAGAACUCACCUUCCCCAGACUCAAUCCCAGCGCACUUAGCUGUCCUCAAACACGCAACCACCGCAGUUGUUCCACUCAAAGCAAUAGUCAGCGUUUGCCUGAGUGGCAUUCUGGUAGUGCGAGUAGGAGUGCGGCAUCCUGGCAUGGAUCAUCACUGUCAACGCCCACCCUGCCCAAAAUCAGCAAAGAGAGAGUUGCUUCUGUGAACGACUUGCACAAAAGUAUUACUAAGGUGAAGGGGAGACGGGACAAACACUGAUUCUCAGUAGAAAGUCCCCUAGAUUGUUUACUACAGUAGGUUAGAGGUCACCAUAUAGCUGAACUGAUAGCAACACCAAGACUGUGGGUUAAAAUGUAUGAUAAAAUGUAUUCAGUGUAAUGUAAAGGCUUGAAUACACAACAUGUCUAACAGAAACACUAGCCAUCAUACAAUAAAUGAAUGAGGAUUACAUGCUAAAAGACUUUGUUGUUCUGAACACAACAAACUCACUCAAUUCUUAACAAAUGAACACAUAACAAAUGAAAACAAUACAGUAUUUGUUCUA